AUGGCCCCAGAGGCCCCCGCGGAUACUGCUGGCCCGUCUUCUCCACCGCCUCAACUCCCCGAAGGCUGGCUCCCUCAGUGGGAAGGUGUCCGUCGGCAAUGGUACUAUGUCCAGAGAACAACCGGCAAAUCACAAUGGGAGAUACCCACCGAACCGAUCCAUCUGACCCCAUCGACGACACCAUCCAUCGGAGGAGGGCCGUCGCAAGCACCACAACAAGCAAACAAUAUCACUCCUGGAGCGGGGUCAGAGAAUCAUAUGGAGGGGAACCACUUGCUCGCUGCGGAUAGUGCGAGAAUUUCCAGCUCCCUUAACUCCCAGAUUUAUCCGCAGUCCGAACGCUCAUUACAUGACGCCGAUGUACCAGGCUGGUACUCAAAUCACCCCGGUCAACACCUCCCCGGCGGGUACGAUCACCACGCGGCAAGCGCGGGGUACGGGCAGAGUCCACACCGGGCCGAUGGUGUGUCAGCAAAUGGCGUCCAGUCGACGUUGUAUACGAACCAGCCACAUCCAGGUUACCCCAACGACAUGGCCCAGAAUGCCACUCAGCCAGCGUGGGGCCAUAACGGAGGUGGCUACCAGGCUCAGCCUGACCCUUACAAUAUGAGCAUUCACCCUGAAUUGUUCCAAGGGUAUCCCGCCAGUGCUGCAGCGAUGCAUGGUCAUCAACCACCAGCAUCGUGGGCUAUGACUAACAGCCAACAAGAGCAAAUGAAUAGGCAGCUAGGCGGAGCAAGGAUUCCUCAACAACAGUGGCCAUCCGAAUUUCAACCAGGGCAUAAUGGUGCAUCCGGUGGCAAACACCCAAUGUCCACGUUACAGCAGCCGUUCUAUGGUUCCUACUCGUCUCCACAGCGCACCGAACAGCAUUCGAGCGAGUACGGAAGCAGAGCCUUGGCUCCAUCCGUGCACCAAGAAGCCCAACAAUAUCAAUCUUCGCCCGAGAAAUUCUCCAACCAUUCACCGCAAUCGAUGGUCGAUCAAGCUCGAUUCCAGGGCUACCCUGGUUCACGUUCCCAAUCACAGCAUAACCAGAAAGAUCCUGCUCUGCAAGGAUUCUCGCCUUUACAACAAGCGCAAACCAAAUACCAGCAACAACACAUGAUACGAACACACUCGGGAUCGGAAGCCCCACACCCUUGGCCAGGCGGACCAGCACCGCACGCAAAUAACCAGCACCACAACAUGUUAGCCCAAGCUAGCCCGAAUCAUUAUGCCCCCCAACACCAGAUGGGACACGAUGGGACAGCUGGAUAUCCCGACUCGACACAGGCUCACCAAAUGCCCUAUCUCCAAUCCAACCACUACCCGAUGCAAUCCGUGGAGGGCACUGGAAGAUCAUCGGGAUCGCAGUUUGUUAGUGGACCGUGGGCUGCUACGCCACCCUCUUCUGGACCGAUGUAG